CCAUCUUCUCGCCCAGCCGGCCUCGCCCGCUGCGCCCGGCCGGCCGCGCACGGGUUAAAGCUGGCACCGCGCCCCGCGGGGGGGGCACCCACCUCCCCUCCCCCCCGCGCCGGGCAUGCGGGGCCCGCUGGCCACCGACGAGGACCCGCCGCAGCCGCCCGACGAGGAGCAGCAGCAGGAGGACGAGGAGGAGGAGGAGGAGGAGGAGAUGGAGAACGAGGAGGACAUGUCAGAAGAAGAGGACGGGGGCCUUGAAGGCCUGGAGGAAUUCUACCCUGAGGAGCUGAUGAGCUUGCCCAGGAAGAAGAAAUCCAAAAAGCUCAAGGAGAACAAGGCAUCCAAAGUGAGGCGAAGGAAGAAAGAGGGGAGCCACGAUGAGCUGUCCGACAAUGAAGACGACAUGGAGGAGAAGUCAGAGAGCGAGGGCAGUGACUACAAUCCCAACAAAAAGAAGAAGAAAAAGCUCAAAGAGAAGAAGGAGAAAAAAUCUAAAAGGAAAAAGAAAGAAGAUGACGAGGAUGAUAAUGAAGACGGGGGCUUAAAGGAGCCCAAGUCCUCAGCCCAGCUCAUGGAAGAGUGGGGCCUGGAUGAUGUGGACUAUGCGUUUUCGGAGGAAGACUACCACACGUUGACCAAUUACAAAGCCUUCAGUCAGUUUCUCAGGCCUCUCAUCGCCAAGAAGAACCCAAAGAUCCCCAUGUCCAAGAUGAUGACGGUGCUCGGGGCCAAGUGGCGAGAGUUCAGUGCCAACAACCCGUUUAAGGGGAGCUCGGCCGCUGCGGCUGCUGCGGCCGUAGCAGCGGCAGUGGAGACGGUCACCAUUGCCCCCCCACUGGCCAUCACCCUCCAGCAGGCGGCUCAGCCGGUGCCCAUCCGGAAGGCCAAAACCAAGGAGGGCAAAGGGCCCGGCGUGAGGAAGAAGAUCAAGAGCUCAAAGGACGGGAAGAAGAAGGGGAAAGGGAAGAAGGUGGCAGCUGGGCUGAAGUUCCGCUUUGGAGGGAUCGCCAGCAAGAGGAAAAAGGGGUCUUCGAGCGAGGAAGAUGAGCGGGAGGAGUCGGACUUGGACAGCGCCAGCAUCAACAGCUCUUCUGUGCGCUCCGAGUGCUCGGCCGGCCUGGGGAAGCGGGGGAAGAGGAGGAGGAAGAAAAAGAGGAUCGACGAAGGGGACGGCUAUGAGACGGACCACCAGGACUACUGUGAAGUGUGCCAGCAGGGAGGAGAGAUCAUCUUGUGCGAUACCUGUCCCCGGGCCUACCACCUUGUCUGCUUGGAUCCAGAACUGGAGAAGGCCCCUGAGGGGAAGUGGAGUUGCCCACACUGCGAGAAGGAAGGGAUCCAGUGGGAGCCAAAGGAGGAGGAUGAAGAGGAGGAAGAGGGGGGCGAGGAGGAGGACGACCAUAUGGAGUUCUGCCGCGUGUGCAAGGAUGGAGGGGAGCUGCUGUGCUGCGACACCUGCCCCUCCUCUUACCACCUGCACUGCCUGAACCCGCCGCUGCCGGAAAUACCAAACGGUGAAUGGCUCUGCCCUCGCUGUACAUGCCCCCCCUUGAAGGGGAAGGUCCAGCGGAUUCUGCACUGGGUAUGGACGGAGCCUCCUGCCCCCUUGACCAUCGAUCUCUCUGCUUCGGACGCGGACCCCAGCCGGCCCCAGCCCAAGGCCCUGGAGGGCAUCCCGGAACGGGAGUUCUUUGUGAAAUGGGCUGGACUCUCCUACUGGCACUGCUCUUGGGUCAAGGAACUGCAGCUGGAGCUGUACCACACCGUCAUGUACCGCAACUAUCAAAGAAAGAACGACAUGGACGAACCUCCGGCGUUCGACUACGGUUCUGGAGACGAAGAUGGCAAGAGCGAGAAGAGGAAGAACAAAGACCCACAGUACGCCAAGAUGGAGGAGAACUUCUACCGCUACGGGAUCAAGCCGGAGUGGAUGAUGAUCCACCGGGUUCUGAACCACAGCUUCGAUAAGAAGGGGGACGUCCAUUACCUGAUCAAGUGGAAAGACCUUCCCUACGACCAGUGUACCUGGGAGAUGGAUGACAUCGACAUCCCUUACUAUGAGAACCUAAAACAAGGUUACUGGAAUCACAGGGAGCUGAUGUUGGGGGAAGAUACCAGGCCGCCCAAGAGACUCAACAAGAAAGGAAGGAAACUGAAGGACGAGAAGCUGGAAAAGCCUCCGGAGACGCCAGUUGUGGAUCCCACCGUGAAGUUUGACAAGCAGCCAUGGUACAUCGACUGCACGGGCGGCACACUCCACCCUUACCAGCUGGAGGGGCUCAACUGGCUGAGGUUCUCCUGGGCCCAGGGCACGGACACCAUCCUGGCUGACGAGAUGGGUCUGGGGAAGACAGUGCAGACCAUAGUGUGCCUGUAUUCCCUGUAUAAGGAGGGUCACUCGAAAGGGCCAUACCUGGUCAGCGCUCCCCUCUCCACCAUCAUCAACUGGGAGCGGGAGUUCGAGAUGUGGGCGCCCGACUUCUACGUGGUCACGUACACUGGGGACAAGGAGAGCCGCUCCGUGAUCCGGGAGAACGAGUUCUCCUUUGAGGACAACGCCAUCCGCAGUGGCAAGAAGGUUUUCCGCAUGAAGAAAGAGGCCCAGAUCAAGUUCCACGUCCUGCUGACUUCCUACGAGCUCAUCACCAUUGACCAGGCGGUCCUGGGGUCCAUCGAGUGGGCCUGUCUUGUAGUGGACGAGGCCCAUCGGCUCAAGAACAACCAGUCCAAGUUCUUCCGGGUGCUGAACAGCUACAAGAUCGACUACAAGCUGCUGCUCACUGGCACGCCCCUGCAGAACAACCUCGAGGAGCUGUUCCAUCUCCUUAACUUCCUGACCCCAGAGAGGUUCAAUAACCUGGAGGGCUUCCUGGAGGAGUUUGCUGACAUCUCCAAGGAGGAUCAGAUCAAAAAGCUGCACGACCUGCUGGGUCCUCACAUGCUGCGGCGGCUCAAGGUCGACGUGUUCAAGAAUAUGCCCGCCAAGACGGAACUCAUCGUCAGGGUGGAACUGAGCCAGAUGCAGAAGAAAUACUACAAGUUCAUCCUGACCAGGAAUUUUGAGGCCCUGAAUUCUAAGGGUGGGGGAAACCAGGUGUCACUGCUCAACAUCAUGAUGGACCUGAAGAAGUGCUGCAAUCAUCCCUACCUCUUCCCCGUGGCUGCUGUGGAGGCACCGGUCCUGCCCAAUGGGUCAUACGAUGGCAGCUCACUGGUCAAGUCUUCGGGGAAACUCAUGCUGCUGCAGAAGAUGCUGAAAAAGCUCCGGGAUGGAGGCCACCGUGUUUUGAUCUUUUCCCAGAUGACCAAAAUGCUUGACCUGCUGGAGGACUUCCUGGAAUACGAGGGCUACAAAUAUGAGCGGAUUGAUGGCGGGAUCACUGGCGGACUCCGGCAAGAAGCAAUUGACAGAUUUAAUGCUCCAGGGGCUCAACAGUUCUGCUUCCUCCUCUCCACCCGGGCUGGCGGGCUGGGCAUCAACCUGGCAACAGCUGACACCGUCAUCAUCUAUGACUCCGACUGGAACCCGCACAACGACAUCCAGGCCUUCAGUCGCGCCCACCGCAUCGGGCAGAACAAGAAGGUGAUGAUCUACCGGUUCGUGACACGGGCGUCGGUGGAGGAGCGCAUCACCCAGGUGGCCAAGCGCAAGAUGAUGCUGACCCAUCUGGUGGUGCGGCCCGGCCUGGGAUCCAAGUCCGGGUCCAUGACCAAGCAGGAGCUGGAUGACAUUCUCAAGUUUGGCACUGAGGAGCUCUUCAAGGAUGACGUGGAAGGCAUGAUGUCUCAGUGCCAACGGAUCAACGUACCCGAGCCUGCCCCUUCCUUCCCCGAUGUCCCGUCUGCUAAAGGUGGUGCCUUAGCACCAGGGGCUAAGAAAAAGCAUGGCAGCACCCCCCCAGGUGAUAAUAAGGAUGUGGAGGACAGCAGCGUCAUCCACUACGACGAUGCUGCCAUCUCGAAGCUGUUGGACCGGAACCAGGAUGCGACAGACGACACGGACCUGCAGAACAUGAAUGAGUACCUCAGCUCCUUUAAAGUGGCCCAGUAUGUUGUGAGAGAAGAAGAUGGUGUGGAGGAGGUGGAGCGGGAGAUCAUCAAGCAGGAGGAGAACGUGGACCCCGACUACUGGGAGAAGCUUCUGCGCCACCACUACGAGCAGCAGCAGGAGGACCUGGCCCGCAACCUGGGCAAGGGCAAACGCAUCCGCAAGCAAGUCAACUACAACGAUGCCUCUCAGGAGGAUCAGGAGUGGCAGGAUGAGCUGUCUGACAACCAGUCCGAGUAUUCCAUCGGCUCUGAGGAUGAGGAUGAAGACUUCGAAGAGAGGCCGGAAGGUCAGAGUGGGCGACGCCAAUCCCGGAGGCAGCUGAAGAGUGACAGAGACAAGCCUUUGCCCCCGCUGCUGGCUAGAGUCGGAGGCAACAUUGAGGUCCUUGGAUUCAAUGCUCGGCAGCGGAAAGCCUUCUUGAACGCCAUCAUGCGCUGGGGCAUGCCCCCACAGGACGCUUUCAACUCUCACUGGCUGGUCCGAGACCUGCGGGGCAAGAGCGAGAAAGAAUUUAGGGCAUACGUUUCCCUCUUCAUGAGGCACUUGUGCGAGCCGGGGGCUGACGGGGCCGAGACCUUCGCCGAUGGUGUCCCGAGGGAAGGGCUGUCCCGGCAGCAUGUGCUGACCCGGAUCGGCGUCAUGUCCCUGGUUAGGAAGAAGGUCCAGGAGUUUGAACACGUCAAUGGGAAGUACAGCACCCCCGAUCUGAUACCCGAGGGGGCCGAGAUCAAGAAACCCAGCGAGGUCGUCUCCUCGGACCCCAACACCCCGGUCCCCGCCAGCCCCGCGCCCAUCCAGCCCAGCCCCAUGGCCCUGUCGGACAAACCAGACAUGCCGUUGAGUUUCUUGGAUGAGAAGGAGCUGAUGGAGCAGAAAGCGAAGAGGCUGCCGGAGCCCCAAGGACCAGCAGGGGCCGACAGGGCCGAGGGUGAGGAGAGGCAGGCGAGUCCGGAGAGCAAAGAGAAGCCCGGGGAGGAGAAAGCGGAGGAGGGAGAGCCGACUGAAUCCCCCACAGAUCAGUCGCUGAAAGACGAAGCCAGGCUGGAGAGAGACCGGGUGUUGGAAAAGCGGGAGCCUUACGCCGGCCUCGGCAAAGGGGAGGAGAGAGACGCCAAGUCAGAGGACCCCACGGUGGUGGCAGUGGCGGCGGAGGAGAGGGAGCCAGGGGAAAGCCAGCAGAAUGGAGAGAAAGACGACGAUGAUGACGAGGCAGGGAAGGAUGACAAAAAUGGGAAAUUCAAAUUCAUGUUCAACAUCGCUGAUGGUGGCUUCACAGAGCUGCACACCCUGUGGCAGAACGAGGAGAGGGCAGCCGUCUCCUCGGGCAAGAUCUAUGACAUCUGGCACCGACGGCAUGAUUACUGGCUGCUGGCGGGCAUCGUGACGCACGGCUACGCCCGCUGGCAGGAUAUCCAGAACGACCCACGCUACGUCAUCCUCAACGAACCCUUCAAGUCGGAGAUCCACAAGGGGAACUACCUGGAAAUGAAGAACAAGUUCCUGGCACGCAGGUUCAAGCUCUUGGAGCAGGCCCUGGUGAUCGAGGAGCAGCUGCGGAGAGCCGCCUACUUGAACAUGACCCAGGACCCCAACCACCCGGCCAUGGCCCUGAAUGCCCGCCUGGCCGAGGUGGAGUGCCUUGCCGAGAGCCACCAGCACCUGUCCAAGGAGUCUCUGGCGGGGAACAAGCCCGCCAAUGCCGUCCUGCACAAGGUUCUGAACCAGCUGGAAGAGCUACUGAGCGACAUGAAGGCCGAUGUGACCCGACUGCCAUCCAUGCUGUCCAGGAUCCCGCCCGUGGCUGCCCGCCUGCAGAUGUCUGAGCGCAGCAUCCUGAGCCGCCUGACCAACCGGGCCGGUGACCCCACUGUCCAGCAGGGCUCCUUUGGAGCUUCUCCGUUGUACAGCAGUAGCAGCAGCAGCAACUUUGGGCCCAAUUUCCGCGGCCCUGGCCCCGGCGGGAUUGUCAACUACAGCCAGAUGCCCCUGGGGCCCUACGUGACGGAUAUUUAGCCGUUAACAAGAUUUCCCUCUGUUGCAGUUCUCAUUCCCAGCUGAGCCACACCCAACGAUCCACCCUCCGGCCACCCCAGAGAGAAAGUAGCCGACUCCCCGACGGGGUCAGCCCGCGGCUCCAGGGGAAACUUGGUGAUGUCAUCUGCAUCGAAGACUAAGCCCCCAACUCCCUGUCCUGCUCUCCUGUGUCCCCACAACUGCCCCCAGCCCCAUCCCUAUCUCCCACUCCCCACCCCUGCUUCUGCCCCCGCCCCCGUCCCCCGUCCCGCCAGCUGCUCAGUAGGGCGGUGGGCCCACAUUUCAAGUGUUCUUCAAACAAAGGGGAAACUCUCGCAACAAGGAAACCACGUCACAGACUUCUUUGAAGGGAAUUUCAUUUCUUUGUACAUUUUUUGCACUUUCUUAUUGAAGACUUGAAGAGUUUGUCUUGAUAACCUUGGAUGAAUUGCGAAGGAUGAUCCUG